UCCACUCGAAUUUGUUUGGUCUGAAGGCAUAUGAUCAAGCAGUGUACAGUUCAACUGUUGAUCUCAAACAAAGCCUCUGUUUUACGGACUAUUUUCUCCAUAGUUUAAACGAAUUUGUAGCCAACAACAGCCAUGAAACCCGAGAAGCUUUUGAGCUUUUCAACUCAUCUUCUUCUUCUUUCAUUUUCAUAUUUUUGUACAAGAUUUUGCUCGGGGAGCAGAGAUACGAUCACAUCAACAACCUCCAUUAAAGACCCUGCAACCAUAGUUUCAAAUGCCAGUUCCUUCCAGCUGGGGUUCUUCUCACCGGCUAAUUCCACGAACCGCCAUGUCGGAAUUUGGUUCAACAACCAAAUUUCUCCACAAACUAUAGUGUGGGUAGCCAACAGAGAUAACCCUCUCAAAGAUUCUUCCGGGAUCUUCACAAUUUCCGAGGAUGGGAAUCUUGUCGUGUUGGAUGGAAACCACAACCUCCUCUGGUCUACCAAUGUUUCUAACUCUGCAACCAACGUCAGCGCCCGAAUUUUAGAUUCCGGCAACCUUGUUUUGGAAGAUUCCGUCUCCAAGAUGGUUAUCUGGCAGAGUUUCAAAAACCCAUGUGAUGUAUUCUUAGCUUCCAUGGAAUUUAUGACGAACACAAGAACUAACGAAAAAAUACAACUUACCUCAUGGAACAACCCUUCCGAUCCAUCCAUGGGAAGCUUCUCCUUGGGGCUGCAUGUUCUUCACAAUAUUCCUGAAGGUGUAGUUUGGAAUGGGCAGAACACGUAUUGGCGAUCUGGUCCAUGGAAUGGUCAAAUCUUCAUUGGCAUACCCAACAUGGAUUCAACUUAUCUCUCUGGAUAUACCCUCGACAUAGAUGAUCAAACUUACUAUCUUUCCGCCACUUUUAAUGAGGAUAAAAAUUUCGGUUACUUGUCUUUAAGCCCACAAGGGAAUGUUCAAGAAACUUAUAUGAAUUUUCAGGAGAAGCGCUGGAGGGCUGGUUGGUCCGCUCUACAAACGCCGUGUGAUUUCUAUGGCGCUUGUGGGGCGUUUGGGAUCUGCAAUCCAAGAGCUUCCCCUGUUUGCAGGUGUUUAAGAGGGUUUAACCCAAAGCAUGAAGAGGAGUGGAAUCGAGGAAAUUGGAGUAAUGGGUGUGUGAGAAACACGCCAUUAAAAUGCGACAAGUCCAACAAAACCAGUAUUGAGGAAGAUGGAUUUCACGUGGAGAGAUUGGUUAAAGUUCCAUUUUUGGCAGAGUGGGUUGAUUCCUUUUCUUCAAUACAGGAUUGCAGAGUCAAAUGCUUGGGGAAUUGUUCGUGUAGUGCUUAUGCAUAUGUAAAUGGUAUUCGUUGUAUGCUCUGGAAAGGGGAUUUGAUUGAUAUACAAAAGUUUGAGAGCGGUGGGACGGAUCUGUACCUUCGACUGCCAUAUGGAGACUUGGAUCAUACAAAAGAUGUCAAAGGCCAAAGAGGUAUCAUUAUAGGCAUAGUGAUAUCAGUAACGUUUAUCAUCUUCAUCGUUGUGACAUAUAUAUGGUGCAGAUGGAAGAGUCGCAAACAAGCAGAGAAGAACAGAUCAAGUAUGGGUUCAAAGGCAAAGAUUUGGAAGUUGAGAAGGGACGAUACGAUUGAGGAGGACGUUAAAUUGGAGGAGCUGCCUGUUUAUGACUUUGAGACGUUGGUAUCUGCAACAAAUAACUUCGCCCCAAGCAACAAGUUAGGACAGGGAGGCUUUGGUCCAGUGUAUAAAGGAAAACUGCUAAAUGGAGAGGAAAUAGCAGUAAAGAGGCUUUCAAGAGUCUCUAAUCAAGGGUAUGAAGAGUUCUUAAAUGAAGUGAGGGUCAUCUCAAAGCUACAACAUAGGAAUCUUGUGCAGCUUCUUGGUUGUUGCAUCGAAGGAGAAGAGAAGACAUUAGUAUAUGAAUAUAUGCCCAACCUAAGUUUGGAUGCACUAAUCUUUGGCUCCCCCAAGCAAAAACUAAUAUUGGAUUGGCGGAAGAGAUACAACAUUAUCGAUGGAAUUGCUCGAGGCCUCCUUUACCUUCAUCGAGAUUCAAGAUUGAGAAUCAUUCAUAGAGAUUUAAAGGCAAGUAAUAUUCUAUUAGAUAAAGAUUUGAAUCCUAAAAUAUCUGAUUUUGGCAUGGCGAGGAUUUUUGGUGGUAAUGAAGUUCAAGCAAACACUUUAAGAAUCGUUGGGACAUACGGGUAUAUGUCUCCUGAAUAUGCUAUGAGAGGUCAAUUUUCGGAGAAAUCAGAUGUGUUCAGUUUUGGAGUUCUAUUACUUGAAAUCAUAAGUGGGAGACGAAAUACAGGAUUCUACCUCGAAAACCAUGCCUUAAAUUUAUUGGAAUUUGUCUGGAAGCUACGGAAGGAAGACAAUCUUAUUCCUUUGAUUGAGCCAACCAUCUACAAAGUGUGCUGGCAAUCAGAGAUUUUGAGAUGCAUUCAUGUAGGGUUGCUAUGUGUUCAAGACUUUAUAAACGAUCGGCCAAAUGUCUCUACCAUUAUCUCAAUGAUCAACAGUGACAUUGUAGAUCUUCCUUCUCCAAAGCAGCCUGGCUUUGUUAGUCGACCACAAGACAGUAACAUGACAUCUUCCUCUCAACAAAAUUUAAACCAUUUUUCUGUAAAUAAUCUUACUCAAACCACAAUCAUACCCCGAUAAUAUGUUAGAUAG